CGGCAGUUGGUGGAGCCGGAGUUCUGGGACCGUCCUCAGUGGUGCCUGCGCGUUUCCCUGCGUCUCGUGCGGAACUCUUAUCGUCGGUCCACUUCUGCCCGACUCACUUACUCCUCGCGGAGAGCUGCGCCAAUCCAGGUGGGUCUCAGAUUCGGCGGCCGCCGAAGUCGGCACGCCUCUCCGCCUCGCCCUGCGGCACAGCUAGGACUCCGUCUGAGCUGUAGUCACGUCGUCGCCAUGGCGCCCACCAUCCAGACCCAGGCCCAGCGGGAAGAUGGCCACAGGCCCAAUUCCCACCGGACUCUGCCUGAAAGGUCUGGAGUGGUCUGCCGAGUCAAGUACUGCAACAGCCUCCCUGACAUCCCCUUUGAUCCCAAGUUCAUCACCUACCCUUUCGACCAGAACAGGUUCGUCCAGUACAAAGCGACUUCCUUGGAGAAACAGCACAAACAUGACCUACUGACUGAGCCAGAUCUGGGGGUCACCAUUGACCUGAUCAACCCUGACACCUACCGCAUCGACCCCAAUGUUCUUCUGGAUCUGGCUGAUGAGAAGCUUUUGGAAGAGGAAAUUCAGGCCCCUACAAGCUCUAAGAGAUCCCAGCAGCAUGCUAAGGUGGUGCCAUGGAUGCGGAAGACAGAGUACAUCUCCACGGAGUUCAACCGUUAUGGCAUCUCCAACGAGAAGCCUGAGGUUAAGAUUGGGGUUUCUGUGAAGCAGCAGUUCACUGAGGAGGAGAUCUACAAAGACAGGGAUAGCCAGAUUACAGCCAUCGAGAAGACUUUUGAGGAUGCCCAGAAGUCGAUCUCUCAGCACUACAGCAAGCCACGGGUGACACCAGUGGAGGUCAUGCCUGUCUUCCCAGACUUUAAGAUGUGGAUCAACCCGUGUGCUCAGGUCAUCUUCGACUCCGACCCAGCCCCCAAGGACACGAGUGGUGCCGCGGCACUGGAGAUGAUGUCUCAGGCUAUGAUCAGGGGCAUGAUGGACGAAGAAGGGAACCAGUUUGUGGCCUACUUCCUGCCCGUGGAAGAGACUCUGAAGAAGCGAAAGCGGGACCAGGAGGAGGAGAUGGACUAUGCACCAGAUGAUGUGUAUGACUACAAGAUUGCUCGGGAGUACAACUGGAAUGUGAAGAACAAGGCUAGCAAGGGCUACGAGGAAAACUACUUCUUCAUCUUCCGAGAGGGUGAUGGGGUUUACUACAAUGAGUUGGAGACCAGGGUCCGCCUUAGUAAGCGUAGGGCCAAGGCUGGGGUCCAGUCAGGCACCAAUGCUCUGCUUGUGGUCAAACACCGGGACAUGAACGAAAAGGAGUUAGAAGCCCAGGAGGCGAGAAAGGCGCAGCUGGAGAACCACGAGCCUGAGGAGGAGGAGGAAGAGGAGAUGGAGACAGAGGAGAAAGAAGCUGGGGGCUCAGAUGAAGAGCGAGAGAAGGGCAGCAGCAGUGAGAAGGAGGGCAGUGAGGAUGAACACUCGGGCAGUGAGAGCGAGCGGGAGGAAGGUGACAGGGAGGAGGCCAGCGAAAAGAGUGGCAGUGGCGAGGACGAAAGCAGCGAGGAUGAGGCCCGGGCUGCUCGGGACAAAGAGGAGAUCUUUGGCAGUGAUGCUGAUUCGGAGGAUGAUGCUGACUCUGAGGAGGAGGACAGAGGACAGACACGUGGCAGUGAUAAUGACUCAGACAGUGGCAGUGAGAGGGGUGGCCAGCGCAGUCGGAGCCGCAGUGCCAGCCCCUUCCCCAGUGGCAGUGAGCAUUCAGCCCAGGAGGAUGGCAGUGAAGCGGCACCUUCAGAUUCCAGCGAUGCCGACAGUGACAGUGACUGAGUCCCAGGGUCCCUGGGCUGGCACAUGCACCAUCGUUAAGGGCACAAGGCACUUGCCCAGUGGUCGGUCUGUGAGUUCUUCAUCUGGUUUGCCCUCCCCACCUACCGUUCUGCUGUUAAUAAAGACAAGUUCUU